AUGUCGGUUAACGAAAAGUCCAAAAAAGAAUUGCCAUUGCAACGCGUUGUUCCACGUUUUCCACCGGAUAUUACCAUACAAGAAUUAUUAGAAAAAGCCAUCAAUAAAUUAGAACACUCUGGACAAGUUUCAAGAAUUCCCAAUGCAUUUAUCGCUUAUCGUAUGGCUGUUUGUAAGGAACUUCAUUCGAUGAAUCAUCCGGUAAUUACGCAACCACAACUUUCGUCAAUCACGCAAGCUUCUUGGGUCGAGGAGCCUGAGCACGUCCGAAAAGAAUAUCAAAGAAUUUCCGCCGAAGCAAGAGAAAUUUUCAAAAAAAUCUGUCACGUCUAUAUACCACCCGAGUAUCAACAUGAAUUUAUGCCAAAUGAUGCGACACGAAACGCUUAUUGGAAUCAUCCACAAUUCGAUGCUUUUGGCAAUUUCGAUUUUUAUUCAAGACAAUAUGUUCCUUGUAAAUUUGACGGCGCUGAUUCUGUAUCUUCAAACUAUUCUUCGCCGAAUUGCGCUUAUGCGAACAACCCAAGUCCGAAUCACGAGAAUUUUCCAACUAAUUCAUAUACAUACUACUCAAAUGCAAACGAGCAAUCCUGGAAUUACGGAGCAACCCUCAAUAGUCACCCCAACGACUUUGUACAAUCAGAACCCUGGCUCAAGUCCCGAUUUGUCAAACCAUUUUCAAACAAACCAAUGCAACUGUUGCAAGCAGAAAAUGUUCGAAAUGCAAAACCGGAUAAAUGA